AUGACUUCAAGAGUUCGUAAUGCAUCAUCAUCGUCAUCGUUAGAAAUUCCAAAUUCGAUAAAUUAUGCGGACAAUUCAAUAAAAUUUCAAUUAAAAACGCAUGGUGUAAUUACCUUCACACAAUUAAUGUUAUCAACACUUUGUUUAUUUCAUUUUCCUCAACACAAACUAUUCGAAAAUUCCGUAGAAAGUUUAAAAACGACUAAUAUAUCAUUAUUUUUUAUUCAAUUUACAAUUGAAAUUAUUCGUUGGUUUGUUUAUUUGGAUAGUGAUGCUAGUAAUGUUGGUUAUGAAACCAAGAAAAAAUUUAAAAAUUUGUUUAAUGAUUUUAUAAAGAAAAAAGGAAAGGAAUAUUUCCACCCGCGGUUGCAUUUAAUACCCAUGGUCCAUAUUGGUCAAGAGUAUUUUCUGAUUUCAAGGACAAUCAUAGGUGCUUGGGCUGGCGCUAUAGUUAUACCAUUAGAUUGGGAUAGGCCGUGGCAGGUGUGGCCUAUUUCUUGUGUUUUAAGUUCUUAUAUUGGACAUGUAGUUGGAAGUAUUUUAUCAUUAAUCGUAUGUUACUUUAAUCCUGAAAGCUCCGCGCUGCAAAAGAAGAGGGAAUGA